CAGCAGCAACAGCGCUUGUGUCCACCUUCGCUUACUGCCGCAGCUGUGCCUAUUUUGCUACCAGAGGGCUGCCACAACAGCGCAUGCUGCUGCUGCAGCAGCAGCAACAGUAGCACCUCCUCCUUCUCGCUGAGUGCCUUGCAAGGCAGCAGCAGCUGUUGCGGCAACAGCAACAGCAACGUUACACGCAGCGGCUGCUGCAGCAGCAGCCUCCGUGUGCUGCGAGACGCAAGAUUGAUCUGCUGCGCACAGCAUACCGAGUAUAUUACGGGAGCCUCACUUUUGGUGCCUACGUCGGUGUCUCCCUUGCUGCUGCUUGCUGCAGGAUGCAGCGCAAACACGUACCUCUGGUGUCUGCAGUCGCCAACGAUGCUUCAUCUCUGCGGCAGAAUCUUAUUGCCGCCUCUGCAAGAGCCACACCAGCAGUACAAGUAUGCCUUGCUGGAGAGCGAUGAACGGCAGUUGCAGCACUCUCUGGUGUGUUACGGCUUAGAAGCCUCCUCCCCCUUCGCUGCAGUGCCUCGUCUCCACGUUUUGUUCCCCUAUCUCCCAUAUUCUCAGCAGCAGCACUUGCCGCAGGAAAAAAGAAAAGCCUUAGCUGGAGCCUUCAUGGUAGAGGCACUGGCGAGAGGCUCAAGGGGACUGCCCCUCCUGCAGCAAGUAGCAGCUGCGCAUGAGAUACCCCUCGCGCCGUUUCAAGCCGAAGAAAUUACUGAAGUCACGCUUGCGGAGACGAACCUCUGGAGCGAGAUGAUGCGCAUCUCCGUCGCUCCCCCCUCUGAUCUCGAUGGACUGCUGAGUGCACCAGGGUGUAUCAUUGGACCCCCUGUAUACUCAGGAGUUGCUUUAGCCGCAGGAGGCACAGCUAUUACUCCUCCCCUGCUGCCCCCUCUGCCGCCACUUCCCUCUGAUGAUUCUCCUGCUCUAGAGAAAGCGUCGUCUGUGGCGACACCGCAGCUGCUGUGGGGUGCUCUCAGCGGCUUUCUUGCGUGCCUCAUUCCUCCGUGCCGCAUGCGCGUGCUGACGGCGAAGGGGGACGAGUUGCUGCUGCUGCUUUCUCCCGUUCUGCUGCGGCUCCUUCCAAAAGACUGCAGCAGCAGCAGCAGCACGGCACUGGCGGUGCACUACGGCAUUCGCUGUCUGGCGAGCUACUCGCUGCUGCUUGAGCUGCCAGCCUUGCGGCAAGCCUGCAGCGAGAACGAGCAGCAGGAGCAGCAGCUACAGCGCUCUCAGGUGGCUGUCGAGGCAUUGGACCCUUUAGAGGGCGACACGGAGAUUCCCAGCAGCUGCAGCAAUCCACACAGCAACGCCUCCGAAGCUGCAGGCAGCAGCACUCCAGAAGAUCAGCUCGUCGCAGAGACGCAGAUGCAAACAGCAGCAGCGAGUGCGUGGGGAAUGCAGGCAGGAGGAUUGCAGCUUCGAGGUUUGGCUUCUUUGCCGCAGCAUGCUCUCAGCAUAGCGUGGACGGCAGAGACAGGCGUGCUGCUGCUAUGGUCAAACGAGGGAAUGCUUUCCAGCAUGCCUCCUCUGCUGGCGCUGCAGUCGGCUCCGCUGCAGCAGCAGCAGCAGCGGCUGCUGCUGUCCAGACAGUGGGGCAGCAGCAGCAGCAGCAACAGCGACAGCGACAGCAGCAGCAGCAGUCUUCCUCCGGUAGCAUGGGCUUCUUUCUUCCCUGCGUCGUUCCUAGCGCUGUUGCAGCAGCAGCAGCAGCAGCUUCGACGGCAGAAAGAAGAAGACGCCGCGCUGAUCGCUCCUAUAGGACGCUUGCCGCUGCUGCUGUGUGCAGCAGCCGAUGCGCGUCGUCUCCUGCUGCUGCAGAUCGACCCUUCUGCGUCUGCUCUAGGUGUGCAGCAGCUGCAUCUCGUGUUGCACAAGCCGCAUUCUCCUCAGCAUGACAGUCUGAGCUCCUCCUUCGCAGACCUUAACAUGGCAGCAGUGGAAAGGCUCUUUGCUCCUCCUGAGCAGCCAAAUCUCCACCAUCAUCAACAACAGCAGCAACACCAACAGCAACGCCAACAGCACCAGCAAGCGCUUCUCCUCGCAGCUCAGAUCAUAGAUCUUCCAGUGCCGCUCAGCUUUUUUCCGCACUCCACAACGUCUGUACUGCUGCUAAUAAUUGCUGCUAUCCCUACGGCUCCUGCUGCUUCCUCGCAGCUGCCGCAGCAGAAGCACCGACAGCAGGAGAGGACGCUGUGGUUGUUGGUAUUUGCUGUGGACGUACAGUGCGGUACGCAGCAGCAGCAGCAGCAGCAACAGCAACAGCAGCAGCAGCAGCAGCAAUUCGGCUUGCGUGUCUCUCUCCUAGGGGCAUGGAAAAGCAACUGCAAAACUUCAGCAGCAGCAGCAAUUGCUGCUGCUGCUGCUGCACAUGAUACUGCGUGCUUCGACCAUAGCAGCUGCAUGCUAAGGAAUCAUCAGUUGUUGCUGCAGCAGCAGACGGCUGCAGCCGUCCUGACACCAGAGCGUUUGAUCAUUGCAUCGCCGCUGCGCUUGCACCAAGAUCAGAAAUCUCGCUCCUCGCCGCAAGCAAUCGAAGAAUCUUUCUCCUUCCAGGCUGAGCUUCUGCCCGAGAGAACGCGACCAUCGAACGCUUGCGCCGCUGUCGCCACAGCAGCAGCAGCAGCAGCAGAUGCUUCGUUCCUCUAUUGCAUGCGUCUUGCAGGGAUAGGAGCUGCUGUUGUCGGGGAGGCGUCAAGCGCUAAAACGGAAAAUGCCGCAGCAGAGCUCUCUCUUCUCGCCGUUGCGAAGAUCUGUGAAGAAGGCGAAUCCAUCCAUGCCGUCUCUCUGCUUGCAGACACCCUAGUGCUGCAGAGCAGCAGCUCUCUCGCUGCGCACGUUUUCUCGCUGCACGCUCUUCCCCUGCUCCUGCCCGCCUGUUCUGGAUGUAUGGGAGACAGCAGCAGCAGCCGCGACUGUGACAACGGCGAAGGAGGGCAAGAAAUUCAGAAGGAUCUUCUGGAUCUUCUCAGCUUAAACCCCCAAGCGUCGCUCUCCCCAGCGCUGCAGCAGUCGAGCAGCUUCCCAGACAGUGCUGCUUUUGGUUCCGCUGCAUGGCGCAGAGGUGGCCACUCCGGAGAUCUCUCUUGUUGUUUUCUCCCCGAUGGUCGUCUCGCCAUCCUCGUCAAGUCGGAAAGCCUCUGCAAUAAUGAGAAUGGAGGGGCACCUCCUCCUUCAUACAGCCGCCGCAUUGCAGUGUACGUACAGCACACAGCAGCAGCAGCAGCAGCAUGGAUCUGCGUUUUCGCUGCCUCGCAUCGCGGCAGCAACAACGGAACCUCUGGCAAUACGUCUGGCAGCAACAAUGCUGGCGGCGCAGGCGGCAGUGUUGGUGUCUACGAUGCUUGGUGGGGUCGGGGAGGAUCGCUGAUCUUGCAGAUGGAUGCUGGAGGGGGCGAGAGCAGCAGCAGCAGCAGCACAAGCGCAAACGCAAGCAACAACAAAUCCAUGUUUUACUUUCGACAGCUGCCUGGACGUCUGCUGACUGCAGCAAAAGGCGUUAUUCCAGUGUCUGUACACUCGGGGAACGAAGUGUGGGGCCCCGCACCCGCUGCCGAGGUGGAGGCUUUCCACAUCGCUAGAGCAACUGCGCAGCAGCAGCAGCAGCAACAGCGCGUGCAUGCGUUGACUGCAGCAGCGGCUGCCGUCGAUGUGGCGAUGGCACGCGCGCGGCAGCAGCAGCAGCAGCAGCAGCAGCAGCAGCAGCAGCAACAGCAGCAGCAGAACAGAGUAGUUGCUGAGCAAACGGCUCAGAUGCACGGAAGCUGCCGUUUGUACUCCCCAGAAGUGCUGCAGCAGCUGUUGCGCUGCGGGUACGGUGCGUCGGUGAGAUGGUUGUUGUUGGUUCUUUUGCGGUGUCUGCUAGCUGUGAAGCCGCAGCCUUGCUGCGGGAUGAAGAAGCAGCAAGAGCAGCAAGAGCAGCAAGAGCAGCAGCAAGAGAAAUCGCGAUCGUUACUCGGAGACUUGUCCUUUAGCCUGGGGGAGGAGGCGGAUCGCCCCCUCGUCGACGACACUGCUGGAAUGCUCGUUCGAGGAGGCGCAGUGUUGUCUGACGGGAGCUGCAGUGUAUGCGGAGGUGCCCUUGCUGCUGGGGGUGGAGACUUUGCAGCAGGCGUGAGUGUCAGUGCAGUCUGCGAAGUGUGUCGGCGCAAAAGCGGAUGCGAGCUUGCUCAGCUGCUGCAGCAAGCCAUGGCAGCAGCAGGGUGUCUGCUUUCCGACCUUAUUUCGCAGCAGCAAGCUGCGCAGUAUCAGCAGGAUCUUCUCCAGCAGCGCAGCACUCCGCUUACUGCGGCAGAGCAGCAGCGGCUCAUGGCGUGGCGUCGACGCCGGCCCAAGAGCGCCGAGGUGUAUGUACAGUGGGCUCGGCGAUGUCUCCCUGCCUGCAUGCAGCCUUCGGCUGCCACGGCAGUUGCUGCCGCAGCUGCGGCUAUGCCUCUCGACGUCUCCCCGUCUGCGCCUCUUUCGCUUGGCGAAGGAGGGGAGCGCCUGCUCUCGCGGCAUGCGCAAGAACAGCCCAUGAGCGACUGGAUAAGCCCUCUAGACUGGAGCACUUCGCCGCGCACUGUAGCGACGGCAGCACACGCAGCCUCAGCAGCCUCAGCAGCAGCAAACGUCGCGCAAAAGUCUGCUGCCUUCUCCCUCUUUGGAGGGCACGACAGCAGUCUUGGCGGCGCUGCAGACGACGAUCCGUUCGACGUGAGGGAGUUGCUCGGCUUUAGCAUUUCGAAGGAGACUGCCGAGAAGGAGUCUCCUGAGGCAGCUGGGAGCGCUUCUCCAGGAAGGGAGGCGGCAACUGCAGAAGCAGGAGCUGCAUCAGCUGCAGGAUCCACCGCGCUUCGAGAAGCAGUGGAAAAAACGGCAGUCGACGUCGUCGUGGCAGCUCCCGUUCGAGCAAGCCUCACCCAAGACGAGUACACGCAGCUUCUGCAGCUGCUGAGAACUGUGCCUUCCCCUGGCUUGGCACUGACCCCUCGGGAGGUGUCGCUGUUGCGGUGUCUUGUCAGCGCGCUCCAGCAGCUAGACGAAGAGCAACAAAGCCCCCUACAAACUGCCGUGGCAGCUGCAGGAAUUGCAGCAGACUUCCCUGCCGCUGCAGCUGCCGCAGCUGCGGCAGCUGCGGAUGUCGCUGCGGCUGCGCGACAGAGCACAGCAGAAGAAGAAGGUCUUGAAAGCAGCAACAACAGCAACAGCAACAGCAGCAAUUGCAACAGCAGCAGAAAAAUGCGACAGAACGAGGCAGAAGCUGCUGCAAGGGCAGUUGCUGCCGCUGCCAGUGCGGCGGCAGCCACUGCAGAGCACGCCACGCAAAUCUGCAGCGUUGACAGCAGUCGCCGCAGAUUCCACCUAGCCUUGUUGUUUUUACGAGAGGCAGAAAUUGCCGCUGCUGCCGAACAGCAGCAGCAGCAACAGCAGCAGCAACAGCAACAGCAGCAGCAGCAAGAGCGGCUGUCUCAACUGCAGCACGAGCAGCAGCGGCUACGCAGCGGCUCAGUCUCUCCGCUGCCGUGUCAGUCGGCUUCAAGCUUCAGCUGGCCGUCUGGAAAAUCCUUCGCAGCAGCCACUGCAGCAUCAGAGACUCCUCCUCGAGCUGCUGCACACCUGCCUGCAGAAGCACUUCUGAGCAGCGAAGACAUCUGCUGGUGUCUGCAUGCAGCUGCGGAAGAGGAUUUCUUCCAGCUGGUGCUGCAGCAAUCCAGAGCAGCUCAUCCGGAGAGGCGACUUGUAUGGCCGAUCCUUCGUCGGCGAGGUGUCGGCUUCUGGAUUCGCAGUCCCUCCACUGUCAAGCAGCUGUGCGACUGUCUCCUAGCAGACGCCAUCCAGAUGGCAGCUGCGGAGCAGCAGCAGCAGCAAGGAACGCUUGCCUUAAGCCCAGGCAGCAGCGAGAGCAGUGCUCCAUUUUCUUCCCUGAGCAGCACUGCUUCCAUCACGCAGCGGCAGCAGCAGCUGCAGCUGCAGCAGCAGAGAAGCUUCGGAGUAGGGGGGGGGACUGCCGCGAGCGCUUCAGACCUUGUCGCUCUCUGGGCAGCCAUCAGCGGCAAAAAAAGCCUCAUGGUGGCUUCAUUCAAGGCGCAAGGAAAUGCUAGAGUAGCUGAAUUUCUUCAGUCCGAUUUUUCGGAUAAUCGCUGGCGUCUCGCAGCGGAGCGCAACGCCUUUCGACUGCUGACACAAAGGCGCCCCUUCUUAGCGCUUGCCUUCUUUGCGAUAGCGAGUAGCUACCGAGAAAUAGCGGAUGUUUGCUGCAGAAUUCUCAAAGACACGCAGCUAGCACUUUUCCUAUGCAGAGUAGGAUCUGCCGUCUAUGCUCCUGGAGCACCUCCUCUCGGAACGGAUGCAGCCUCGGAAGCCUACUAUCCGCAGUCUCAACAGCAACAAUCUGCCUCCGUCUUCAGCAGUCUUUCGCCGAAUGCAGAUUCUGGAACGGGAGCUUCUUUCGCAUCCCACUCACGCAGCGGCUCGUCCUCGACUACGCCAGAAAACGCCUCGUCUGCUGCUUCAGAAUAUUCGCGUGUGCUGCUGCAGCGACUCCUGCCCGAGGCUGCAGCACGAGGCGACAUCUGGAUGUGUUUCUGCUGUUACUGGAUCGCUGGAUACUACGCGCGAGCUUUCGCUGCCCUCCUCCCGCCUUACACCGGAGAUGCGCAGCAGCAGCAGCUGCCACACGGCAAGCCUCCACAGGAGAGGAAAUUUUUUAAUCCUCGUGCAUACUUCCAAGAAGGCAUGCAGCGCUCACAGCAAAUCCCCGCAGGGAUGCCUUCCAAGGCUGCUCCAGAAACGUCCACCUCUUCAGCAAGCGUGGGGGAGAACGGCGUGUAUGACGACCACUGCUGGCGAGUGUCAGCUCCUUCGCUGUCUCUUGCCUUCUACCGGAUGUGCAUUCGCCAGGCACUGCCGAUGCGACGUGUGCAGCAGAAGCGAAUGGCGUGGCAGGGGGGAGCUUCUGUGCGAGAAGAGUCUCUCCUGGACGCCUUCGAAGGGGCGAAAGAGAGCAGUCAAAGACACGACGCCAGCAGCCACGUGCGAUCUCUCCUGAAGACAACAGCAGGAGGCAACAGCAGCCUCAACGCCACUCAAUGCCACGUUUGUUCGGGGAGCUUCGCCGAUCCGGCUGGUUGCGCAGCAGAAUGUGACAUGUACCUCCUGAGCUGUCUGUACACCCGAAAGGGGCAAUCCUUCCUGGCUGCUGUGGCGGCUGUUUCUCUUCUUGCGCUUCAUGCUUCGCGCUUUGGGCUUGCGCAGGCGCUUAAAGAGGAGUCUUUUUCGAAUUUCACUCAUAAAAAAGGCUUCUCGCAUAGGCUUCUGCUCCCUGACGCUGAGCUUCCCACGAUCUGGGGUGCUCUGCAUGCAUUCGCUGCCGCUGCAGCUCCGCCGCUGCUUCUAUCCAGCGCAUUGCAGCAGCAGCAGCAGGAAUCCUCCCCUGCUGCUGUUCGCAACUUGCUGGAUUUGCAGCCUAGUGUGCUGCUGCUGCUAACAGCUCCCUCCUGGAGGCUUACAACAGGUGAACAGAUGUGUAUUGGCAGCAGCAGCAGCAGCAGCAGCAGCAACAGCAGCAGCAGCAGCAGCAACAGUCCCUCGAUGACAAGGCGUGAAGGCAGUGCGGCGAACGUCAUGACCAGAGAGAAAGAAACGAGCCAGCCGCAUGCACAGCAGCCUCAGCAAGGAGAGCAUUUACCCCCUGAAGCGUUCGAGAAUCCUCUGCUGCUGCUCAUCGAGAGUCUAGGCAGCAGCAUUGCAGUGUACAGCAGCAGCACGCGAGGUCUCCUGCUGCCACCGCUGCUGGCAAGCGUCUCCCGAAGCAGAGAAGCCUUGCUGUGUCAGUCUCCUUUCCAGCUCUGCUGCUCAUCGAGCGCACUCCCAUGCCUAGGAUCAGCGGCGGAGGAAGUGCAGGAAGCGCUAGCGCUUCCUCUAGAAGAGCAGCCUCCAGAUAGCGAUGCAACAACAAGCGCCGUUUUUUGCAGUCUAAGCAGCUGCGACGACACACCGCCACUCAUGUCUAAGGAAAGAGGCCUUAGGAGCUUCCAGCUCACCGAGGAACAGCAAGGAAGUCUUCGUCAGAUGCCUUGGGCAGCAGCAACAACGACAACAGGCUUGCGGGGGGGUUCUUCGCCGACUUCUUCCUCUGCGUCUCUCGGCACUCCAGAGGGGCAUACUACUCCUGGAAGCUCUCUGGAGGCAUCCGACGCUGCGCUUUUCUCGGCUGUGUCUUACCACCUCGCUACUGUGGCGUACUUCCAGCUUCUGAGCGCAGCAGAGGCAGCGGCAGAUGCAAGGAGGGUAACUGCUGCUGCCUCCGUUGCAGCGCUUUCGCCUCUCCAGUCUGACGCAGUCUUCCUCGCGUCUGCAGGGUUGGCAGGUGUCUUCUUCUGCUCGACUUCCUCGGACGAUUCUGUCACGCAUGCGUCUCCUGCUGCUGCUUUGCCAGUGGAUCCGCUGCACUUCAAAACGCCUGGACUGCAGCAGCUGCUCGUGCAGCUUUUGCGCGACACGCUGGAAAUGCCGCCCCUACACCCCAAGCUCCUUUCCCUCCCAGCUCUCUACUGCUGCCUCACUUUCUGCGUCAGCGAGCUGCAAAGACAGACAGACUCCGCGUGCAGCUGCUGCUGCUGCUGCAGCUCUGGCAGCAGCAGCAACACGCCGCGUGCGCUGCUGCUGCCAGAGCUGCAGCGGCUGUACAGCGUCGUUGUGGUAGGGUGCUGCGGCGUUUUUCUGGCAGUGCUGUCAUCCUUCCCAGCAGUUUUCUCCCCAGAGGGGGGGCCUAACACGCAGCCAAUGCCUUCAGCAGCCGCAGCUGCCUCCGCAUGCGACAGUCCCCUCCUCAAGAGAUGCAACAGCGGCAGCCUCAAGCAGCAGGGAGUUUCAAGAUUCAGAAGCAGCAGGAGCAGGGGCAGCAGCAGAGGCAGCAACAGCAACUACAGAUGCAGCAGCAACAGGAUCGAGGAAGAGAGGAAUUUGCUGCUCGCCUCCCAGAUCUCAGCGCUGCUGCAACUCAUCUUGUGUCGUCCACGAUGCCUCUUACUCCAGCACGACGUGUUGCGCCUGCUGCAGCAGCUGUUGCAGCCGCGCUGGAUUGCUGCCCCUGCUGAAGAAGGGGCAGGAGCAGGAGACGGCAUAGCCGCAGCAGUCGCAGGAUCGACUCCCGCCUUCGCCAUAGCAUCCUGCGUUGCAACACGAAUCUUUGACUUCAUUUUGGAGGCGCUGCAAGCCGUAACUGCAGAGGCACAGCGCACCGCAGUGGCUGCCUUGGCAGAGGAGGAUCUUCUGAAGCAGAGGCAGCAGGAGCGCUCCAUGUGCCAGCAGGAUCGCAAGCCUCUUGCAUGCCUGCUGCAGCAAGACGCUGAGAAAGCGGCGCUUGUUCUGCAGCAGAAGGAAGUCGCGUCAUAUGGCCAGCCGUUGCCUCAACAGCACGAGGAAGAGCACGGAGGUGGAGCAGCAAGAGCAAGAGCAAGAGCAGCAGCAGACGAAGCGUAUUCUCUCUGCAGCAGUCUUUCGUAUUUGAGCGCUUCUGUUGCGGAUUUCCUUUGCACUCAGUUGAGGCCUCUUUUCCUGCGAUCGCUGCUGCCUGCUGCAGCAGGAUUGCUGCCGCUGCUCUCCGAUAGCUUGCCUACCGCAGCAGCAGCAGCGGCAGAAGCUUCAGCAGCAGCGUCGCCACGAACUGUGCGACGCACUUCGCUGCUGCGAGCAGCAGCAGAGACGUGGGGAGGCAAGGGCCUAGGGUGUCUCUGGGAGAGCCUUGACUGCUGCAGCCGCAUGCAGUGGACGUUGCAGCAGACUUCUUUUCUGCCGCUGCACCAGCUUACAGCUGCAGCAGCAAAAGAGAGACUGUCGUUGACACCUGCUGCGAACAGCAGCUCUACCCAGAGAGUGGCAGCUCGCCGCUUCAACAGUGCUCUCCCCCCUCUAGAUGGAGGCAAUCCUCUGCAUGACGAACUCCACCGACCCCACCAUAACCACCAUCACCACCACCACCAUCACCACAACCACAACCCCACCCACAACCACCAUCAGCAAGUCCUAUCCAGCCGCGUCGCCGAGCACAUCGUGAGAGCAACGUGCAUUCCGUCUCUUCCGGUUAUUGCUGCAGCGCUGUUUCCAGGGAGCGUCGUGCAGUCCCUCUGCAGCAGCAACAGCAGCCUUGGCAAUGCUUUUGAAGUGGCAAGGCGCAAUCGCAGCGGAGCUUUGUUUCCGUGGAGUCGGCAGCAGCGGCAGCGCGCACUCCAGCAUCAAACAGCGGAGUGCAGCGCAGCAGCCGCGCUUGUCGCUCUUGAGCACGAGUGGGGAAGCUUGCCGCUUGCAGCCUUACUGGGAACAGUAACUGCUGCUGCCACCAGCAGCAGCUGCAGCAGACACUGCAGUCCAGCAGGAUUGAAUCUUUCGAGCGAAUUCGUCGCAAGCCUCCGCACUCCCGAGGGGCCCCCCAGGGGCCUCCGUGCCUUCACGCUGCCGCAUGCGCUGCUGGGAGUCGUCAGCCAGGAGAGCACCCACUGCGCUGCUGCGGCUGCAGCAGCAGCGGCUGCAGAGCGCCGCUACAGAAAGGCAGCACGUCGAGUCCACUAUUCUUCCCUCCUCCUGCAGCAGGAGCAGCAAGAGCAGCAAGAGCAGCGGGAAAAAAAUGCAGCAACAACGUCUUCUUUCGCCUCCCUCCCCCUCCUGCAUCUGCCCUUAGUAUCGGAUGUAUGCGGAUCUGGAGGAGCUUUUCCGUGUUUGCUGCGUUCACGGCGUCCUCUACGUGUGGGGGCAGCCGAAUGGGUGGGGCACAUGCUGUCUAGAGACACUUCGCUCUUCCUGAUCACGCAGACUUCGCGGCUUUGUUUGUAUUCGCGACUUCUUGCCCGUGUGACGGAUGCUGUCACCGGCAGCAUUAGCAGCAGCCAUAGCAGCAGCAACAGCCCCCCCGUAUUCCCUUAUGGAGCUUUUUCUCCCUUGUCUUCCAUGCGUGUGGCUUUUGAGUUUUCUGGCGUUGUCGCUGCACACCCGUUUCUUCCCAUCUUCGCAGCGCUCCUAAGGGCCCCUCAGGGGCCCCUCUACCCAGGGGGCCCCUCCAUCCUCACUCCGGUUCUUAGGCCCUUUGGAACUGGCGCGCGAAGCCUCCCUAGAGCAGCAGCAGCAGCUGCUCAGCAGCAACGGCAGCAGCUCAGAAAAGGGGGACUGUCUCACGCCUUGCCGCUCAUGCUGCGGUCUCAACAAAAUCAGCAGCAGCAGCAGCAGCAGCAGCAGCAGAGUCUGAAGCAGCAGCUUUUCGCAUCGCAUACUGCCGCUAUGCAGUCAUCCGCAGCAACAGCAACAGCAGCAGCACCGGAUGUGACGUGUGCUGCUUGGGUGCUUCAGGGAGACAGUCUCCUUGUUUCAGAUGCGUCAGGGUGGGUGUAUCUGUAUUCGCUUCUCCGGGGGCCCCUCCUCUCCCCCUCCGUAGUGGCAGAAACUCUUAGCGCCUCGGCAGCAGCUGCCGCAGCAGCAAGAGGCUCUUCUCGGGGGGGGUGGGGGGGCGGCGACAGCAGCAGAAGCAACGCAUUCGUCCCUCCAAGCAGCAGCAAUAGCAGCAGCGGCAGCUACGAUCUGCAGCGACAGCGCGCAUGCAGACCUUCCCUUUGCUGGAAGGCGCACACGGUGACGCAGCAGAUAGCAGCCGCUGAUGGCAGCGGCUGCUUUGUCGUGACGCUGGGGAUCGGCGUUGAGCGGCAGCUGCUGCAGAGCACGACGCUGUUGGUUCCUGGUGUCGCGACACCCCGCACGCUGCUGCAGCGUCUGCGCUCCGUGGAGGCUGCGGAAAUGAGCGGCGACAAGCAGCAGCAGACGCUUCUUGGGAGCAGCAAGGGCGAAGGUUUGAAAGGCAAGUCAAGGAGGAGGCCGCAUGCGUUGCGUCUGUUGGGGGGGCUUCGAUCCCAGGCGAAGCAAGGCUUUGUGGCGCGUGUGUUGCACUCGCGCACUUUUAUUUCGAGAUUCUCAAUUUCUUCUGCGAUGCGGCAGCAGCCCCCCACUGCUGCAGCUCCAGUGAUCGGAGGCUCGCAUAAGGCCCUUGGGUGGCGUGCUAAGGCUUUUCGAGUCGCGGGAAGAGGCCGUCGAGGCUUCUUUCGAGGCUUGGGGGCCCCCCUCUCUGCAGGCAACGGCACGAAGGCAGCAGCAGCAGCAGCUGCAGCUGCAGCCACUGCUGCUGGGAAGGCGCCACGGGGUCAAGAGCGGCAGGAGGGCGGAGGCGACGAAGAAGAAGAAGGCUGGUUUGAUUCUACGAGCUGGGCUGUCAGUUUGUGGGGAUUUGGCUCGCAAGCGGCGGCGUCUGAUACAGACGAUGUGUCGCCUACGCGUUCGGGAGUACAGACACCCGACGGUGCAUGCAAAGGCCGCAUGCCCUCUCUUGAGGGGCCUUGUCUCUGUAUCUGGCAGCUCACGAGUGUGGGGCCCUCGGGGGCCCCUCGACUCGUUUCUGUGAUUACUUGCGAUGAUCUUCUGCACACCAGAGCGCGUCUCGCGGCUUCUGCGUCGCAAGCUGCAUCCGACAUGCAGGAAGGGGCAGCAGCAGGCAGUAGCGGCGGCACCUGGGAUGUCGUUGCCACGCACAUUCCGACAUGUUUCUGCUUGGCGGUUCUGCAGGAGGGGCCCUUGUGCUGUCCAGCGUGUCUGGCUGCUGCUGCGGGGUGUCCAGACAGCUGCUGCAGCAGCAGCCUCAGAGCGACGUGCUGCAACGGCAGCUGCGCUGCGCUGCGCUGCGUUGUGUACGGGGAUACGGAGGGGUCGGUGCAUGCGGUAGAAGUGGGCUUAGAGGAGGAGGUUAUCAGGUGGGGGGCCCACCCGGGGGCCCCCAUAGUCUCCGUAGCUGUUACGCGUGCGUUUGGAUGGGGGAGCGCUGCUCCUGAGGUGUGGCUCGUCACGGCUGCUGCUCCCUCUGGAAGCCGUGGCGAAGGCAUGAUGCUGCGCUGCUGGUCAGUUGUCGGGUUGGGGGAGGGCGGUCCUGUGCUGCUGCAUCAGUUGCACGUAGGCGCAGAGGCGGUUGUGCCCCCCGGAGUGUCUCUACACCCUAGCAGUAGCUCUAGUCGCAACACAGCUGCACCAGCAGCAGGAAGGAGUGGAGCGCCUAGUGCCCUGGCGCGUCUCCUUGGGGCACAUAAAAAAGCGGGAGAUGCAGAAACCAACGCAGCGAACAAACAGUCUGCAGUGUUUCCCUUGGGAGGUCGCAGAUCGAUGGUGACUGAAGAGGGAGAGCUACUGCUGCUUGCUGGGGUGUAG